GAUACGAGGGUAAUUUAGCAAGAGAAAAUGAAACGAAAGGGGCUCUUGGUGUGAUUUUUAGAGUUUAGGUAACAGCCUUUACUGGCUACUCAAACAAUAACUACUACUAUUAUUUUGAUCAUUGGAUUUGCAUAGAGUUUGAACUCCAUUAAUGUCAUCAUGAAAACGAGGCUUCGAUCUGUUCUCGAGAAUGGUACUCUUCUCUUUCAGCAAAAUAGCAAGAUAACCCAGUUGGGUAAAUCGGGUCGGGUCGAAGAAGCUCGUAAGUUGUUCGACCAAAUGACUAAACGAAACACCGUCACAUUCAAUUCAAUGAUCUCCGUCUAUGCCAAAAACACAAGGAUCAAUGAUGCACUCAACCUGUUUGAUAAAAUGCCUCAACGAAAUCUGGUUUCUUGGAACACCAUGAUUGCAGGAUGCUUGCACAAUCACAGAGUUGAGAUUGCCCGCCAGCUGUUCGAUCAAAUGCCUCAAAGAGACAGUUUCACGUGGACUCUCAUGAUUACUUGCUAUACACGUAAUGGGGAGUUUGAAAAGGCUAGAAAUUUGCUUUACAUGAUGCCUGAUAAGAUGAGCCCAGCUUGUUGGAAUGCUAUGGUCUCGGGUUACUUGACGUAUGGAAAGGUUAAGGAAGCGAGGCAGGUGUUCGAUGAAAUGCCUGUGAGAGAUCUGGUCUCUUGGAACUCAAUGCUUGGAGGUUAUACUCAGACUGGUGAAAUGAGUUUGGGUUUGAAGUUUUUCGAGGAAAUGCCGGUUAAGGAUGUGGUUUCUUGGAACUUAAUGGUGGAUGGGUUUGUUGAGGUUGGUGAUUUGGAUUCCGCUUGGCGUUUCUUUAAGCGUAUGCCGCAUCCGAAUGUUGUUUCUUGGGUCACAAUCUUGUCUGGGCUUGGUAGAAAUGGUCGGGUUAUGGAGGCAAGGAGAUUGUUUGAUGAAAUGCCUGUUAAGAACGUGGUGUCGUGGAAUGCGAUGAUAGCAGCCUAUGUUCAAAACACGCAGAUUGAUGAAGCUUUGAAGUUGUUCGAUGAAAUGCCAGAAAGAAAUGUGGUGUCAUGGACAACCAUGAUCAAUGGAUAUGUUCGUGUCGGUAAGCUAGAUGAAGCGAGCCAUUUACUCAAUCAAAUGCCAUACAAGAAUGUUGGGGCUCAAACAGCAAUGAUCUCGGGAUUUGCUCAGAACAAGAAGAUUGACAAGGCUCGUGAAAUUUUUAAUCGUAUAACCAAUCGAGAUAUGGUUUGUUGGAACACAAUGAUUGCAGGAUUUGCUCAGAACAGAAUCAUGGAUGAAGCGCUCGAUCUUUUUAACCAGAUGGUGCGAAAAGACAUAGUUUCGUGGAAUAUUAUGAUUGCGGGUUAUGCUCAAGCUGGUCAAAUGGAUAAAGCACUUGCUUUAUUUGAGGAAACAAAACAUAAGAACAUCGUUACAUGGAAUUCGUUGAUUUCGGGCUUUACCCAUAACGGGUUGUACCCGGAUGCAUUCAAGUAUUUCAUUUCAAUGAUCCGAAAUGGUAAUAAACCCGAUGAUUCUACAUACGCAUCCGUUUUAAGCUCAUGCGCAAAUCUAGCAACUUUACAACUGGGAACACAAGUUCAUGUGCUAGUUGUAAAGACAGGUUAUGAGCAAGACAUAUUUGUUACGAAUUCCUUAAUCACUUUGUAUGCUAAAUGUGGUAAAAUGGCGAGUGCUGAACGGGUAUUUUCUCAUACCCCGCGUGUUGAUGUUGUCUCGUGGAAUUCUUUGAUUAACGGGUACGCUUUAAAUGGAAAUGGGAUGGAGGCAGUGAGGCUAUUGGAUGAUAUGGAGGUUGCAGGGGUGAGCCCAGAUGAGGUCACCUUUGUUGCGGUUCUAUCUGCAUGUAGCCAUGCUGGUUUGAUCGAUCAAGGGUUCCGGUUAUUUGAAUCAAUGAGUCAAAAGUACUUUAUCCAGCCGUUGACUGAGCAUUAUGCAUGUAUGGUUGACCUGCUUGCAAGAGCAGGGAGGCUAGAAGUCGCCUUUCAAAUGGUGAAUGAGAUGAAUACUGAUGGUAACGCGGGUAUAUGGGGCGCUUUACUUGAUGCGUGUCGCGUGCGUAAGAAUUUGAAAAUGGCUAAAUUUGCUGCUCAAAAGCUUUUGGAGAUUGAACCUGAAAAGGGUUCGAAUUAUGUGAUGUUAUCAAACAUAAAUGCGGAAAUGGGGUGGUGGGAGGUGGUGGAGGAAGUUAGGGGUUCGUUGAAAGAGAGGCGGACAGUGAAGCAGCCCGGGUGUAGUUGGAUUGAAGUUCAAAACCAAGUUCAUGCUUUUGUAUCCGGUGAUAAGUGUUGGCUCGAAAACAUGAUCUUUUGCGGUCAUUUGAGGGCACUAAUGGCUCAUAUUAGCAACAUGGAUGAAACCCUCGUUGAUGCCCCAUAAUGUAGUGUCUAGGGGUUUCAUCCGUUUCACCCUUACUAGUGUCAUGGCGGUGCUGGUGCGACCACCUCCGUCUGAGGUGGCAAUCACAUCAACCACCACAAGAAGCACAUGACCAUUGACCACAACCGUUUUGACUACAAAGAAGGCAGAUCAUGGAGGUGUGAAGUGUGAUCGAAUCGGAAGCAUUAAAAGAUGGUGGGAAAUGGGUCACAUACAAACUUACACAUAAUGUGCUAUUUGCUGAGGAUUAAAUAAAUGGAUGUUGUGAAGUAAAGAAAGUGUGUCAUAGGCAAUUACACAACGAUCAUCAAAGACUAACAUUCGAUUUCA